AUGGGACAGACAGGCAGUGCAUAUCACCAUGAGUGCCUUAUCUGCCAUUGGAUCAAUAAUGGAGCCGACUUUCGAUCGCAGGUUGUAACGCCUGGCAAUGAAGCCGUCAACGAAAUCGGUCACGCAGGAAUACCCAAAGAGACCCAGAGCCCAAGCGGUCUGUCCAGAAACCACCAAAUACCCGACCACCGGCGCGGCAACGAGUCUCGUGAACGUCAACGCAUUGGGGAUGGUGUAGAGACUUUCACGAAUUUCGGAAAGAGUAGGAAUUGUUGUGCGCUUCUUGUCACUCUUCGCUCGCACAAAUAUGCUGCCGGCGGCGCUGGUCGGGAACCCGAGAAUUAUCUUUCUGCCAAUCGGCCCGCGCACAGCUGCCAAUUUGAAAGGUCUCCCAACAAGCGCAAUAUAUCCAAUACCGUCCCUGAUCAACAUUUCUCAACAAAAAAUAAUUCCAUGAACGUUCUUGUCUAUAAUGGCCCCGGGGCAGCUUCAGACAGUGUUAAGCAUUGUCUCGACACGCUGAGGCUGCUGCUAUCCCCCUACUACGCAGUCGCACCCGUCGAGCCGAGGACGCUACUUUCUCAGCCAUGGCAGGCCAAAACUGCCAUGGUCGUCAUUCCUGGUGGUGCUGAUCUGGGGGUUUGUUCCACUCUCAACGGCACAGGGAACCAGAAAAUCCGCCAGUUCGUCUCCGCAGGCGGCAAGUAUAUUGGGUUUUGCUCGGGUGGCUACUACGCUUCCGCUCGUUGCGAGUUCGAGGUGGGAAAUCCCAACAUGGAAGUCAGCGGUGCCAGGGAGCUCAAGUUCUUCCCAGGCGUAGCCCGCGGCGCCAGUUUCAAAGGCUUUGAAUACGGCACUGAAGAAGGGACUCGUCCUGCCAAGCUAAAGACACACUUUGCGGUCCAGCAGCCUCUGUACAACUACUACAAUGGGGGUGCCGUCUUCGUCGAUGCAGAUAAGCAUCCGAAUACGCAAAUCCUGGCAGAAUACGAGGAAUCCGUCGAAGUCGAGUGUCCAGGCCCCCAGGCUGCCGUGAUUCUCUGCUCUGUUGGCCAGGGAAAGGCUUUACUGACCGGCACCCACCCGGAAUACAAUCCUACUCUGCUCGAGGCAGAACCAGGAACUGAUUUUGAAAAAUCCUCAAAGGUGCUGAAAGAACAUGACGCCGCCAGACUGGAGUUCAUGCGCCAUUGUCUCCGCAGCUUGGGUCUCAAAGUCAACGAGGAGUCGACUCGUCCAGCACUGACACCUCUGGUGCUGAUUUCGAGGCAGAAAGAGCAGCUUGCCAAACUCGUCUACGACCUGGAGCACAAGCUGGGAUACGAAUCUGAGAACAUCAUCGACUUAGGAAAAGACAAGAUCCGCGUUCACAAGACGCUGGACAAAUUUCAGCAGACUGAUCUGUCUGAUCCAGAGAUGGCGGUCAAAGAUUUCUAUAUCUGCGAUGCUGCGCUACCAAAGCCAGAAUUAACUCCAUAUUUCAACACUCACCAGUAUUUGACUGAGCUGGAGGAGGCCUAUAAGGAGCUGGGAUACUCCUCAGUCGGAGAGUUAGGAUCCAUCAUUGUCUACGGCGAGGUGCUGACGUCAAGUAGCUCCCUGAUGAUGUAUAACACCCCCUUCAUGCGCAUUCUUCCUCACGGGUUUGCUAUCGUCGGUACCGUGCAAGUGGCAGGCAGAGGACGGACAGGCAAUGUCUGGGUUAAUCCAAAGGGAGUGUUUGCCAUGACAUUGUUCUUAAAGAUGCCGCUCACCACGCCGGUGGUUCUUCUCCAAUACCUUGUCAGCAUGUCGAUGGUGCAGGCCGUCCAGACGUAUGGUGUUGGCUACGAAAAAAUUCCCAUUCGCCUCAAGUGGCCGAACGACAUCUACAUUUUGCGUCCAGACUGCUUGAAUAAGACGGAUCUCGAUUCCUACACGAAGAUAGGUGGUAUUCUGGUGGAGACAGCUGUUUUCGAAAACAACUAUCACAUCGCCAUCGGAACAGGCCUAAACGUUUUCAACCAGGGACCCACGACGUCUCUGAAUGCUGUGAUCAGCGAGAUGAAUAAAACUUUUGGCACAAAACUCAAACCUAUAGCUACCGAGAAACUGACGGCCAAAUACCUCUCAAUUCUCUACACAAUGCUUGAGAGGUUUAAAGUGGAGGGAAUGGAACCAUUUAUGGAUCUCUACUACAGACAGUGGUUGCACUCGGGGCAAAAAGUCACUCUCGACCACCCAGGAAGCCCCAAAGCGGUGAUCACUGGAAUCAGUAAAGAGUUUGGACUUUUGACGGCUAAAGAAGUGGACAGAUACGGAAACUUCACUGGGAACACUUACGAAUUGCAGCCGGACGGAAACGCUUUCGAUAUGUUCCGAGGCCUAAUCAGCAAAAAACUUUAA